CAACAACAACGAACUCUUGUCUAUACACUUCGUCACAAAAAUGCCCAACUCAAAAACUAUACAGCUUAUCCUCCCGCCGCCCAUCCCAUCCAGAACCCCGCCGCCAUCCCUAGAUGUCCUCCUAGAAGCACAGCGUAUCGCCGCAAAAAACGGCCAGAAACUCGACAUCCAGUCCCUCUUAUCUCCCGACCAGCUCGAAGAGUACCGCGUUCGGUAUCUCAAACUCCCACCGGGCCCGCAUCAGGGCGACAAGGAUGACGAUCUUGAGAAAAGGGAUGAGAAAGAGAAACAACAGCAUUCAAUACCGCACGUGGACGACUCGGUUGGUGGCACGCCUGGGUCACCCAUCUCUGCGGCUACCGCGUUGCACGCCGGCAUAUCCACACCUGUAGCAAAUCCCGGCACGCCGUCAGCCAGUAUCGGUACCCCGACAGCGAGCCCCGCGACGCUCGAGGCAAGGUUGAAGUACCAAUUGCCUGAUCUUUCACAUCUUCACUGGAAGCGGAGACAAAAGCGCCUGGCAGAGAUUGCGAGGGAACAAGAAAUGCUGGCAAACGGCGAAGUCCCAGAAGUCUCUACUAUUGUGGUAGAAGAAACCAAGCCAAAAGGUGAAAAGAAGUUGACGGAAAAGGAAAAGGAGGCUAUAAAAAAGAGCACAAGCUAUUGGAACUCUUUAUUGGUACAGGCGCGCAAGGACCGAGGACCCCAAUGGGACUUUUCCACUCAGCAACUCCUCUACGACCGUAGAUCAGACGAGUACUACACCCAUGGGCGCAGUCCGCCUCCGACACCGCCCAGCAAAAAGCGCAAGGUGUCAACCGCUGAGGCUGGACCAAGCAUCCCCAAUGGUUCAGUCAAAAACCCAGAAUCAGAAACGUCCAAUACCCAACCAACGCCUACCAUCAAUCCCCCAAGUUUACCAUCUUCUACCCCUUCCACAAAUACUCGUCCGAUAUCAAGAGGCAAUCCCCAGCCCGUGGAUGGUGCUCAGUCAACGCCUGGUACGACCUCCAACGUUUCCCUCCCUCCUCCUCCUCCUCCUGCGCAACCGCAAGCCCAACUUCCAUAUCAAGCCCCUCAACCUCCUGCGCCUUCUCAAACGCCUAAUUUAACUAAACCUCCUCCCAUGCCCGUUCCUCCCGGAGCGCAAGGUCUAAAUCCCUCAUUCCUUUCUCAGCUUCAGUCCCUUAAUCCUGCUCAACUUGCCGCCUUACAGUCAAGUAACUCUUCUUUAAGCAAUUUGCCAGGGUUCCCCGGUAACCUGCAGGGUAAUGGAGGCGGCGCUUCGGGACAAGGUGGAGAUCAAUUCAUGACGGGCACCAAUGGUCUCCAGCUUCGUGCAGGUGGGAACUUGAACACUCUACGUCAAAAUCAGAUGCCGAUGCAAAUGCAGAUGCAACUGGCAAUGCAGAAAAUGGGUAAAGGAAAUCAUAGUGCGAGUCAAGGCUUGAACUCUGUGUUUGGACUGGGAGGUAUGAACAGCACCGGCGUCAUGGGUCCGCCUCUAGGAGGACAGCAAGGAGGGCAGGGACCGAUGGUCGGUGGGAAUUGGAGAAGUGAUAGUUCGGGAUGAGAACAAAGUCAAUUGUAAACCCUCUUGCGAUAUGUAUGUCAUAUUCUUGUCAGUCACGCCGUGGUCGAAAAUGAGGCUAGGAGUACGUAGUGACGCAAUGGUGAAUUACAAAGUGGAGGCUGCUUGAUUACAAACCUGUGGUUGAAAGUAUUAAUGA